AGAUUGGUCAACAAACGUCACUUCCGGUCGGUUCAGGCGGGCUGGUUGAAAGCGCAGGGUCGCUGCUUCUGUGGACUGAUGUGUAACAGCACUAACGAUAUUUAGAUACUUUAACUUUAUAGCUUUAUUCGCUAUAACAGAUAUAUUUUACUCGCUGAAUUGCCGGAAGCAUGUUUACUUUUAAAACUAUCGGCAGCGAAAGCUAGGUUAGCGUCGCCUGCUAGCAAACUUAGCUUCUGUUGUCACUGGAGAUAUUGUUCUAGCAGCUAAUGUAUCGUUAAUGUGGUCAUUGUUAGUUGGAUAAGAAGUGUUAUCACCUCUUUAAUCUUACAAACUAUGGACCGACCGCCGAGGAAGACAAAAUCUGUGAAUUAUUGUGAAGACAAGGACUUUGAUGAUGAUGAGGACUUUGCCUGUGUGAAGGCACCACCCAGCAAAAAGGCCAGGGAGGAUGCGAAACAACAGGAGCACAAGAAAUUGUCAAUCAAGAUCUCCAGUCAAGAGAACAGCUCACAGUCCACACUGAGCCAGAAGAACAGAAGACCCUUGGAUCAGAAGUUGCUUGAACGAGAUCUCGAGGCAGCCAUUACGCUUUCCCUGCUCAAUAAUGCAGAGGUGACAAAGGACCCGUUACCCAUCAGUAAAGGAGAUAUCAAGGUUAAACUUCCAGUAGAUGAAAACACAGAUCCCUCUUCACUGUGCCUGUCGAACUGUAGUGUGGAUGGUGCAAUUUUGGGCCUGGAUGAAAUCACAUCAGAGAAAGGGUUGCCUGCCCCAUCCAAACAGAGAAAGGCUGCCACUGAGGAAAAGAGGAAAAUACUCAAGGAAGAAGAUGACGACUAUCAACCCAAAGUGACACCAGAUUCAGACAGUGAUGAAGAUUUCAGUGAACCAGAUGAGAGCGAAGAGGAGGAAUUCACUGUGAAGAAAGUCAGCAAAACGAAAAACAAGGAGAAAGCCACCAAGAGCGAAAAGACCAAAUCGACUCCUGCUUCCAAAAAAGAAAAGCAACCAUCAAAGACGUCAAAGUCUAAAUCUCAGGCAUCAGCAGCUUCCACACCAGUGAGAAGUCCUCCAACAGCCAAGCUUGCACCUAAAAGACCUGCUUCAUCCUCCACAGUUUCUACAUCUAAACAUGCACUAUCUCUGAGUCCAGCAGGGGGCAGAAUACCCAAGUGGAACCCACCAGCUCAAAUUGGUAAAAGUCCCUCCUUGCCCCAGAAUCCAUCAGUGAAGUCUCCAAGUCAGGGUCUGCGACUCGGACUUUCUCGUCUUGUCAGAGUCAAACCUCUUCACCCCAGUGUUGCAAGUCACUGAUUGAACUGAUCAUCUGUCCAUGUUUGUGUCAGAGAAGUCCAGGUCUUGUUGUCCUUUUAGCUGUAUCACUUCUUUUAAAAGUUGCUUGUAAAUAUUCAUUUCUAUUUUUCUUGAUUUGUACUACAGCUUGAUGUAUUUUCACAUGAUUCUUUCAGCUUUGGUUACUCACGUGUGUCACAUGUAUGACCAAAGCUGAAAGAUCUAUCAUUGAUCUGUCAUUUUUCCUUCAGUAAAAAGGUCCGGGAUCAGUGAUAGGGUUUUCACUUGUGGACUCUGGCGAUAUUAAUCAUAGAUGAAUGCGUCUGCCUUGUCAUCCUCCCCAUGUCAGUUCACAUCUCAUCUGAAGAACUGACGUUGGUAUGUGCCACAUGUGGAAAAGUGUCAGUUGUCCCUUUUUUAAAAAUUGUUCGUGUUCUUAUUUUAACUUGUAAUUCUACCAUUCAAAACAGAAUUUUCUACAUUUUUCCAACUGUGUGCAAGAAUUGUAUAUUGUGUACAUAAAUCUAUACAAUAAAAUUUAAAGGCAGUU